AACGAAUAUGUGUGCAAAGAAAAUAUAUAAAUAGGAAGUGAUACAUGAAAAAUCUGCUUUUGCAGAAAAUUUUAUAAAUUUCCAAUAAAAAAAUGUUUAUAAACAAAAUAAAUUAAGUGAAAAGUGUAGCAAGCAUUAGCGCAAUUAAUAAACAAGUGAAAUUUGCAUUUCAAAUACAUUCCAAAACUAGAAAAGCCAAGCACAACACAAGUGCAGUGUAGUGUAGUGAAGUGUAGGUGCGGCGGUCGCGCUUAUUGAAUUGUUGCAAUAGCAAAUUAGAAAAGCAGAGCAGACCGCCACAAUGGCACGCCCAAUUUAUCCAAAUCAACAGAAAAUCGCUGAGAAGUUGGUGAUACUCAACGAUCGUGGUUUGGGUAUAUUAACGCGUAUUUAUAAUAUUAAAAAGGCAUGCGGCGAUACAAAAUCCAAGCCAGGUUUCUUAUCGGACAAAUCACUUGAGUCAUCAAUCAAAUUCAUUGUAAAGCGUUUCCCCAACAUCGAUGUUAAGGGUCUCAAUGCAAUUGUGAAUAUAAAGGCGGAGAUUAUUAAAUCGCUUUCCUUAUAUUAUCAUACUUUUGUGGAUUUGUUGGAUUUUAAGGAUAAUGUCUGCGAAUUGCUCACCACAAUGGAUGCUUGCCAGAUACAUCUGGAUAUUACGCAAAAUUUCGAGUUAACCAAACAUUAUCUGGAUUUAGUAGUCACAUAUGUGUCUUUAAUGAUACUUUUGUCACGCGUGGACGAUCGCAAAGCCGUUUUGGGGCUCUACAAUGCCGCCUACGAACUACAGAAUAAUCAAGCCGAUUCGGGUUUUCCACGUCUGGGACAAAUGAUACUAGACUAUGAAGUACCGCUGAAACGUUUAUCAGAGGAAUUCAUACCGCAUCAGCGUUUGCUAACCAAUGCAUUGCGUUCACUAAUCGCAAUCUAUCCGUUAAGGAAUCUACCAGCUGAUAAGUGGCGUGAAAUGCAAAAACUCAGUUUAGUGGGUAAUCCCGCAAUACUGCUGAAAGCUGUGCGCACUGACACCAUGUCCUGCGAGUAUGUUUCACUCGAAGCAAUGGAUCGUUGGAUCAUUUUUGGAUUACUGCUAAAUCAUCAAAUGCUGGGACAAUAUCAGGAAGUAAACAAAAUUUGGAUAUCUGCAUUAGAGUCGAGUUGGGUAAUUGCGCUAUUUCGCGAUGAAGUGCUGCAAAUACACCAAUACAUACAGAGCACUUUUGAUGGCAUCAAAGGUUAUAGUAAACGCAUUGGCGAGGUAAAGGAAGCAUAUGCUGUGGCAACACAGAAAGCAGCGCUCAUGCAUCGUGAACGUCGCAAGUUUUUGCGCACCGCUUUGAAAGAGCUGGCGCUUAUAAUGACAGAUCAACCGGGUUUGUUGGGACCAAAAGCAAUUUUCAUAUUUAUUGGUUUAUGCUUGGCGCGCGAUGAAAUAUUGUGGCUAUUGCGUCACAAUGAUAAUCCGCCGGUUACGAAGGGCAAAGGUAAAUCCAAUGAGGACCUUGUUGAUCGUCAAUUGCCCGAAUUGCUUUUCCACAUGGAGGAGUUGCGCGCAUUGGUGCGCAAAUACAGUCAAGUAAUGCAACGCUAUUAUGUGCAAUAUCUCUCCGGUUUCGACUCGAUCGAUCUCAACAUACGCAUGCAGAGUUUACAAGUGUGUCCGGAGGAUGAAAGUGUCAUAUUGUCGUCGUUAUAUAACACCGCUUCAAGUUUGACUGUGAAACAAGUGGAAGACAAUGAAUUAUUUGAUUUUCGCGCUUUUCGGCUGGAUUGGUUCCGCCUGCAAACUUACAUGAGCGUCAGUAAGGCUGCGUUGCGCAUCACAGAAAAUGUCGAAUUGGCGCGUUUGCUAGACUCCAUGGUUUUCCAUACACGCGUUGUGGACAACUUGGAUGAAAUACUGGUGGAGACCUCUGAUUUGAGCAUAUUCUGUUUCUACAAUAAAAUGUUUGACGAUCAAUUCCACAUGUGCUUGGAAUUUCCCGCACAGAAUCGUUAUAUUAUUGCAUUUCCACUGAUUUGCAGUCACUUCCAGAAUUGUACACAUGAAAUGUGCCCCGAGGAGCGUCAUCACAUACGCGAACGUUCACUAAGUGUGGUUAACAUCUUUCUAGAAGAGAUGGCGAAGGAGGCCAAGAAUAUUAUAACAACGAUUUGUGAUGAGCAAUGCACAAUGGCCGAUGCGCUAUUGCCGAAACACUGUGCCAAAAUACUGUCCGUGCAAUCGGCGCGCAAAAAGAAAGACAAAUCCAAAAAGCAAUUCGACGAUAUACGUAAACCCGGUGAUGAGUCGUAUCGUAAAACGCGCGAAGACUUGACCACAAUGGAUAAAUUGCAUAUGGCGCUCACCGAGCUCUGUUUUGCCAUCAAUUAUUGUCCGACAGUGAAUGUGUGGGAAUUUGCAUUUGCACCGCGCGAAUAUCUUUGUCAGAAUUUAGAGCAUCGUUUUUCGCGUGAUCUCGUCGGUAUGGUCAUGUUCAAUCAGGAGACCAUGGAAAUCGCAAAACCAUCGGAACUCUUGGCCACCGUGCGCGCCUACAUGAAUGUGCUGCAGACCGUGGAGAAUUAUGUGCAUAUCGAUAUAACGCGUGUGUUCAACAAUUGUCUGCUGCAGCAGACGCAAAAUUUAGAUUCGCAUGGCGAGAAGACCAUUGCGGCGUUGUAUAAUACAUGGUACAGCGAAGUGCUUGUGCGUCGCGUUUCCUCCGGCAAUAUAGUCUUCUCCAUGAAUCAGAAAGCAUUUGUGCCCAUCUCGCCCGAAGGUUGGGUGCCUUUUAAUCCGCAAGAAUUCUCCGACCUCAAUGAAUUGCGCUCCCUGGCCGAGCUAGUCGGUCCCUACGGCAUAAAAUCGCUGAAUGAAACACUCAUGUGGCACAUUUCUAAUCAAGUGCAAGAGCUCAAACAACACGUGGCCUCCAAUAAGGAUGUGCUCAUACUGCUGCGCACCAGUUUCGAUAAACCCGAAGUUAUGAAAGAACAAUUCAAGCGUUUACACGAUGUCGAUAGCGUGCUGCAACGCAUGACGCUCAUCGGUGUCAUACUUUGUUUCCGUAAUUUAGUGCACGAAGCGCUCGUGGAUGUACUCGAGAAACGUAUACCGUUCUUGCUGAGUUCAGUGCGUGAUUUCCAAGAGCAUUUGCCGGGUGGCGAUCAAAUACGCGUCGCCUCCGAAAUGGCCUCCGCCGCCGGUUUGCCAUGCAAAGUCGAUCCAACACUAACCAGCACACUGAAAUCAAAGAAACCCGAUUUCGAUGAAGGCGAACAUUUGGUCUCGUGUUUGCUCAUGGUUUUCGUUGCCGUCUCCAUACCGAAAUUGGCACGCAACGAAACCUCAUUCUAUCGCGCUUCCAUCGAUGGUCACUCGAAUAAUACACACUGCAUGGCGGUGGCAAUCAAUAAUAUAUUCGGCGCGCUAUUCACCAUCUGUGGUGAGAAUGAUAUUGAGGAUCGCAUGAAAGAGUUUUUGGCGUUGGCAAGCUCAUCGCUCUUGCGUUUGGGUCAGGAAUCGGACAAGGAGGCUACACGCAAUCGCGAAUCGGUUUAUUUGCUCUUGGAUGAGAUUGUGAAACAAUCGCCUUUCCUCACCAUGGACUUGCUGGAAUCGUGUUUCCCAUAUGUGCUCAUACGCAAUGCAUAUCAUGCGGUCUACAAGCAAGAACAAAUAUUGGGGCUAUAAAUGGUCGCCGAAAAAUGCAAAUGCAACGAGAAAUAUUUUUAAGGUUAUGAUGAAUUUGGUAUGGCGUUCAAUGUUGACGGUUUAGUAAUUUAAGCAGUUUAUAAUUGCUCUCAACGCUUGCAAGUGACUUGAAAAGUGAAGAAAAAGUAUUUAUACUCUAUGUCUUUUGCUGUCCACUCUACUCUACAUUCUAUUGCUGCAUUUAUAUGUAAUUAUAGAAUACAAAUUUAUAUAAAUAAAAACAUAUGUUUAGCAGUAUAGACAUUAUUUCCUGCUUAUUUAUAACUAUCUCUAUACAUAUAUUAUAUAAACAUACUAAAAUAAAGUAUUAAAACUUUCGUAGAAA